AUGGCUAUCGAAGACUCUCCCCGAACCCCACGAAUCCCCUGUCUCCCCGCUCGGCCAUCCACGCCGCCUCCACCGCGGCGACUGCUAUACGUCGGCCACUUCUACAACGACAGAACUAAUGCAACAAGGUCGAUCUUCUUUAAUGGCGAAUCACCAGGCCAACCCAAGUUCACAGUGCUUGGUACUACAUUCCGGUUCGACAGCGUGUUGGAGGUUGAGAAGUCUGGAAAUGUCAAUUGGAUUCCAGAGGUUCAAGCUGCAACAGCGCAACUUCGCCAGUUUGCAAUGGUCGCCAUCUACAUCAACGGCACCACACAUCAUAAAGCAGACAGCAAACGCGUUUCAUGGCCUUGA